AUGACAGGAUGUUAUUAUUUCUUCUUCAGAACCCUAGAGCCUCUUCAGUUUAAACAGCUUUGCGCUAGAAUGCCGACAGCUGUGGCUGGAGAAAAUGAAGAAACAGCAGCUAGAAGAUUGGAGGAACAGAAAGAAAGAGCAAAGAAACUAGAACAACGAUCUGCUCUUGAAAUUGGGCUCAAUCAAGUAAUGAGAGCAUUAGAAAAAGGGACUCUCAGAUUAGUGCUGGUAAGUUUGUCUUUUCAAAGCAAAUAAUAUUGAAGUUGUGACCACUUGCCACAAAAGUGUAUGUUACUUGAAAAUUGAUAUAAAGUUCAUGUCAAUAAUCAGGGAUAUCACUAAGAUGUCAAGUUGCCAGGUAAAUACAAUAAGUAGGCAGGGAAUUAAAUAGCUGAGGAUUUCUUUUGGUUCUAUUAUCCUUCUAUUUUCUCAUGAAAGUAGCCAGGGGCCACAUUCAUAAGAGCUGGCGGAAAUCACCAGCCUCUUAACGACAGCCCUGAAUGAUAUCUAUAACUUAAAGUGCUGCGACUGUGAAGCAUCAUACUUUCAUUGUCUCACAAGUUUAUCUGUUCAAAGAUUCUUAAGUACUUGAAGAAGCUGUGUCACGGCUGGCUAGUUCAUCCUCUUAAAAAUGCCAACUACGCUUCCUGAUUUGCUAUGGAACUACUUGAGAAAUUACUUCCUAAUGACAAAAAUAUCACAGCUUCAUGUCAAUCAAAUAUGUCUCCGAAGCAUUAUAUCAAACAUUGUAAAUAACAAGCAAGAAUUUGAAAAUUCUGUUAGUCUUCAACAAAUUUUCAAACAUCACAAUUGCAGUCUGUUUCAAUCUUCUUCAAGUUUAUCCAUCCCUAUCUCUUUUUUUUGCAUUUGCUGUGUUAUUUUACCUUCUCUGAAUGUUUUGAGUGGUUAUUUUUAUGUUUCAGUCGCCCAGUUUUGUGGCGGUUCCUACUGUUUGAAUUAAUGUUUUUGAUAAAUUGUUUGUGACACAGCUCCUUUAAUACAUGUAAGUUAUUUUAGUUAUUCUGCUUUAAGUGUCCACUGCCUAACAGCAUCAACUGACUACAUUAUCUCUACAUUUUGGUCGUGGCAUCUUUUAUUACGCUUUUCCAUUAAAACAGAUGGGACUGGAACCUUACAAUUAAUUACUUGUAAAAUAUGUAACUAUUACAUCUGUUUAUAAGAACAGCAUUUGGUUUUUGAUUUGCAAUUCACCCUACGCGUACACCUCAAUAAUGAAGCAUGGUCUUUUAAGCCAACAUUGCCCCGUGUCUAUCUAGCUUGCUGGCUCAUCCUCAGUGUAAGAACCUGUAAAACUUAUGAGUGACGUAAAGCAAAGGAAACAAAGAAUAGAACCUAGGAAAACAAAAGGUGUUAAACAAAGAAAACGUUCUUACAGGUUCUUACAAUGAGGUAAACCCAGGUUGAUGGAUCAAUGGAGCCCACUACAAACAUUACCAUUAAUUCAUUUUAAGCCAGCAUGACCCCAUGCAUGUCUAUCUAUGUUGAUGGAUCAAUGAAGCCUACUACAAAGUUACCAUUUAUUUAUUUGAAGCCAACAUUAUCCCAUGUCACUCUAUCUAUGUUGAUGGAUCAAUGAAGCCUACUACAAAAUUACCAUUAAUUCAUUUGAAGCCAACAUUAUUCCAUGUCUAUCUAGGUUGAUGGAUCAAUUAAGCCUACUACGCUGUUAGAGCACCUACUUGUACUGUGUGUAACGCGCAAUACUCCUGCCUGUGCACUUGUUGGCAUGGGAUUGUCUGCAAUUCCAAAAUUAUUAGGGGUCCGUAGAGUUGCAGCCUUUGGAUUCAAGGUAAACUUGCUUAUUGUUCUCCUGAACACAGGACUCAAAUAGUGAAAUACAGUUGUAUUUUAGUAUUAAUUUUUUUUAAAGUGGAAUCUCUCCUUAUGGACACUCUUGUAAGCGGACAGCUCUCCUAACAGCUCAUAAUUUAUCAUAACCCUGGCUCAUAAUCCUAUUUUUCUCAACUCCCAUUCAAACUCUGUAUUUUUACAUUCCUGUAAGUGGCCAGCUCCAGUUACAGACACCUUUUUCACAUCCUGAGGGAGUCCGCUCACAAGAGCUUCCACUGUAUUACGUUUUUGGGAACAAAAUUCUAUACUAUUACAAAUUAUUCACUGAGACCUCUUCAGCAGUCCUUGAUACUUUUAUUUUGCUUUUCCUUAGUGUCCAUUUUUAUAAAAUGAAAUUUUCCUAUUUUUAUUAUUAUUACCUUAUUGGGGGUCUCUUCUAGUAAUAAGAAGGGAUCAAACAGUAGUACAGUAAUUUAUUUUAUUGGAAUUUGUUUUAAAUAACAACUUACAAGUAAAUACUGGUACCUUUUCUAUGCUAUGGUACAAUCUACAUACAGCUUCGUACAAGUUAAUGAAAGUAAAUGUUAUUGUUGUCAGAUGCAAAUAUUAUUGAACGUGUUUCAGAAAUAAAAUAAUGCAAAGAAGAAAAUCACAGUAUAAGAAGCCACUUAUUUAAAAAGAAGGCCUGAAAAAAUUCAGGCUUACUGGCAUGCAAACUCUGACCCCUGCAAUACCAGUGUAGCACUCUAACCAAUAUCAGCUAGCAAGCCAACUGGGAGCUGACCAUUUAACUGGUUCGUUUCCCACAAUGCAACUUAUUCGCCUGCCCCCCCAUCCCCCCAACCCCCGAAAUUUUGUGUAGCGUAGUUUUGGGUGUUACAGCUGUCCCAAGAGAAAUUGAAAACAAUGCUUAUGCAAAAUUUUGGGGGGCAAAUAAGGUGCAUUAUGGGAAAUGUGGAAGUAGCAUAUACCCAGAAAAGAUGAAGAUGAAAUGAUAAAUAUACAUGCAGAGCACUGCAUGGCAGUAUCACAGAGUUCAGGGUUCAAAUCCCAGCAAGCAUGAAGUUUUUCAGGUUUUCUUUUCGCAACUAGAUAGAUUGCAUAUUUAACUAUGAUGAUCUUCUUGGCAUUUAUUUCAUUCCACAGUUCCAAUAUAUGAAAUUCAUAUAUUCAUGAUUUGGACAUGUUCAGUAUCACAUAUAUAUGUGAGGUGAUAAGUGAGGAUUUUGACAAUUUUAUGUUAUUUUCAGCUCACUGAUAAACCUACAUUGUUUGAUGAGCUGGUUCAUUUUAUCAAAGUUAGAAUUCCGCCGCUCUAUGUACCUUGGUUGCAACCCAGUAAGGAUGUAAGUGAACAAUCUGAAGAGGCUUACCAUGAAGUUGAUUCUGAGGAUGAAAAUUUGCCUGGUAUUGAGAAAAUGCAUGAAAAACCACGAAAAAAAGUUAGAAAACUAACAAAGAAUGCAGAAAAACUGAAUACACAACCUUCAGUGAUAAGAAAUGUUGCGGUUGAUACAGAAAGACUCGCAGAGAACUCAGGGAUUGCAUUAGAGUACACAGAAAACCCAAAAGCGAAUACUCCUGUAGGAUUAGAAAACACAGGACAACCAGGAAAAGAACAGCUACCUGACGAGGAACUAAAGGAAGUUCGUGGUACCAUUGAUAAUCCUACUCCUGGUUUCAAAAGGGAUAGUCCUGCGCCCGAGAAUGAAAAAAUAGGAAAGAAAAAGAGAAGGAGAAGAAACAGAAAAAACAAGGGGAAAAAAGAGACAAGUGAGGCACCAAUGCAACUGGUGUAUCUUAAACCUUGUAUUAAAAGUUUUGACACUUCACCCAAAGACAAAGGAGACCAGACAAAGUAA